AUGCAGAUCCUCGGCAGUGGAGAGAAGAUUAUCCCCGAGGCUUUAAUUCCCAAGUUUGAAAUCAACAGACUUCUCAAGCAAGAUCAAAAUGGCCGCCGUAUCGCCAUACUCGGGGCUAUUGACGGCAAGCAAGGCAUCCUGAUUGCAGAACGAGCAGCAUUCGCAACCGAAUCCCUCGAAGUCCUUAAGGCAUUCCACGCUGCAAUCAGCAGAGUGAAGAAUCUCGGCGACAAUGACAUAUACCGGUGGUACUUGGCAUCGUCAGGCGCAGGCCAGGUUGAACCGCCGUUUCACGACCUCAAACUCAAUCUCAUAUGGCCUUGCACGGAAAAGCACAUCAAAAAAUACUCAGAUCAGCUACUACGCAUGGUGACCGAGACGCCGGAGAUCUACCGUGACUAUGUGCGGCCGUAUAUGAGCGCUCAACGGGAGGAAGGCAGACUGAACUGGGUCUUUAAUAUCCUGGAAGGCCGGACGGAGCAGGAGGACGUGAUUCUACGGGAUGCGGGCGAGGGCCCCGAUGAUGGGUUCCUGAUGCUCCCUGACCUCAACUGGGACAGAAAGACGAUGAGCUCUCUGCAUUUGCUGGCCCUCGUGCAACGGCGAGAUAUCUGGAGUUUGCGUGAUCUCAAGAAGAAGCAUAUCCCUUGGUUGCGGUAUCUGAGGCAGAGGCUGCUUGAGGGAACAGUGAAGAUGUAUCCAGAAUUGGAGCAGGACCAGCUGAAGCUAUACGUUCAUUACCAACCGACCUACUACCACUUUCACAUCCACGUGGUCAACGUCAUGCUCGAGGCGGGUGCGACACAAGCAACAGGAAAAGCCUUCGGGCUGGAAAAUCUCAUUUCUCAAUUGGAGACUCUCUCUGGGGACCAGGAUGCAAGCAUUGCGGAUGUCAGUUUGACAUACUACCUCGGAGAGGCCAGCGAGCUGUGGACGAAUGUCUUCUAUCCGCUGAAGAACGGGUCGAAGCCAGCAACUGGGAACUGA